CAUUGAUUUCUAUAUUCAGUUUUUUUUUCUUGGCCAUGUCUCAAGCUGAUAUUAGCUCUGCUUACACAUUUCAAAUACAAUCAACCAUUGAUCAGUUAGAACAUCAAUUACUGACAAUAAAAGAUGAAUCAAAUAAAUUAGCAAUUCUUAUUCAAAAGACGCGAGACGCAUCGCUAUUAACCGAAAAGGAGCUUUCAGAAAUAAAAGCAAAUAUGGAUAUGUUGUCAGUCUAUAACAAUAAGCUAUUAUCCAUCAAGGCAACCAUGUCGAUGCUCAGUGGAAGAUCGAAGCAGCUACUGAGUAGAGCCGAGAAACUAAAGCAGAUAAAGAUGGAGUAUCUCUUACAAAUUGAUGAAAUAAAACGUAUAGAGCAACAAAAGGACCAAUCAAUUGCUGCUGCUGUCGUUCAGAACAAACCAACGAUACCCAAGACAGUGAAAAAGAAAAAGAAGGCAAGGCAAGUUUUGUUGGAAGAAGAACAUUCAUCAGACUGGAAACCCAAACGUAAAGAGAAAUAAUAAAAUUUUAUUUUUUUAUGCUCUGAGCGCACGUCUAUCUUCC